AUGGAAGACUGUGCUCUUNCCUGUACCGAGGAGACAGUGGAGUAUGGAGGUGGAUCAUGCAUGUUCUGGGGCGGCAUUUCCAUCGAUAGCAAGACCGAGCUUGUGUGCGUUUCCCGAACUGGUGGCGCUCGAGGACAAGGAUCGCUAACUUCUGAUCGAUACAUUACAGAGAUCUUAGAAGAGCAUGUGGUACCAUAUUCGGGUUUUGUUGGAGAUGGGUUUAUACUAAUGCACGACAAUGCUCGUUCCCACACCGCAUUAAUUGUAAAAAAUUAUACGGAAGAGGUUGGGAUCCCUGUUAUGAACUGGCCAGCGAGAAGUCCAGACCUAAACCCAAUUGAGCACCUCUGGGACGAAUUAAAACGAAGAGUGCGGUCACAUGAUCCUGCCCCAACAACCCUCCAAGAUCUUCAAUAUGCUGUUGUUGCGGAAUGGGUGAACAUUCCUCAAGAACGCAUCGUACGACUCAUAACUUCUAUGAAAGAUCGUAUGGAAGCAGUAAUUAAGGCAAGAGGAAGUAGCACUAGAUUUUAA